CCUACGCAGAUUCUCAUAUGAAGGUCAACUUUUCCCCAUCCCAAAAGAAAAUGGUGUCUUUGGACCUGGAGCAACAGGAAUGGAAUUGCUAAGGUUAAAGAGCAACCAGAGCAGGAACAUCUACCACACUCUCCCCUGAUUGGCCUGUCAGGUUCUUUCUGUACAAGCUGUUUACCUUGUAGACCAAUCAGAUGCUUAGGAAGAUGUUUCUGUUGGUCCCACUGGUGGGGGAGGUCACACUACUGGACUCUCCCAGCUGGCUUCCUCCUGCUGCAGUGAUGCUGGAACUAUAUUUAGACCUACUCUCCCAGCCCUGCAGGGCAGUCUACAUCUUUGCCAAGAAGAAUAACAUCCCUUUCAUGGUGAAAAACAUAGACAUGCUUAAAGGGCAGCAGUUCACUGAAGAAAUUAACAAGGUGAAUAUCCUCAGGAAAGUGCCAGUUCUGAAGGAUGGCGAUUAUACUUUAGAGGAGAGCACAGCCAUCCUUCUAUACUUGACCCGCAAGUACAAUACACCUAGUCACUGGUACCCCCCUGAUAUGAAGAAGCGGGGUCGUGUUGAUGAAUAUUUGGCCUGGCAACACAGCACCAUCCGACCAGGCGCUUCCAAAAUCUUAUGGCUUAAGGUGGUGAUCCCUAUCUUCUUAGGUCAGCAAGUACCCCCUGAGAAGCUGCAAGAUGCAGUAGAAGAUCUGACCCUUUCCCUGCGGAAGCUGGAAGAUAAGUUCCUGCAAGAUAAGUCCUUCAUUGUUGGAAGUGAAAUCUCCCUGGCUGACUUGGUGGCUGUUACAGAGCUCAUGCAGCCCCUGGGAGCCGGCUGGGAUGUCUUCGAGGGCCGCCCUAAACUCCUAGAGUGGCGCAGAAGGGUCGAAAGUGCUGUGGGGAAGGAGUUAUUCAUGGAAGCGCACGGACGGAUCCUGAACACCAGUGAGCUGAAGAGCAUCCGCAUUGAUGCCCCCAUGCAAGCACAAAUUAAGCCCAUGCUGUUGAAGAUGCUGAAAUAAACAAGGCCGCUAGCAGCUUGCUGUAUGU